ACGGAAUAUACGAGACUUACAAAGCAAUAGGAAGCUGCGGUGCUGACAUACGUAACCUUCAAGCAUUCUCGCAAUUCCUACUUCCGCCAUUGUAUGCAGACUUACAAGCAGCAGCCCGCCAAGGCCCAGUCAUCAUCCUCGUUGCGAGUGAAUACUCCAUCGUUGUACCGACGUCAGGAGAGCCCCAUCAUGUUCCUUUACCAUCUAUCGCUCUCGCAGAUCUACAGACUCUCAAAGAUCCCUUCACCGGGGAAAUACAACAAGCAUGUCGGAUGAAUACAGGGGAUUCGAGAAUGAAUCUAAUAGUACUCUUGCGGACAAUAUGGGACGAAAUCAUGCUACCUAUCGUCACGUCAACGCACUCGAGCUCGUUCUGAAACUGAAACGCCGUUCUCGAAUCUGGCUGUGUCCAAUUGCGGCUUUCACGUCUAUUCCUCUCCAUGCAGCUAAUCCCUUUCUAACAGAGGCAAAUCGUUCUGGCAAGGAGCCGUGCCCAGAGGAUCUCUAUCUCGAGCUCGAGUUUAUCCGGAAGCUUGUCCCUGCGACGGUCAAGAGUACCACUAUUUCUGGCGACGCAGCCACACGAGCAGGUGCACUCGAAGCUUUGCAAGAAAACUCCUGGAAAGAUAUUCCGCAUGCCGAGUGUCAUGGUACCGCCCUCGACGAUGAGGAGAUGCCCGACGAAGUUGUUCGCCUUGCAGCUGAUCUCCAAUUUUCGGGGUUCAAGAACAUCAUUGGCAUGCUGUGGGAGGUUGACGACGCUGCCGCAAAAUACGUUGUCGAAGCGUUCUACGAGAAUAUGUUCAAAGAUUUGAGAGAUGGUUGUUUCAUGGACUGUACGAAGGCGGCAUGGGCACACACUCGGUAA